UCCAGGAGCGCGCGCAUGCAUUGACACCAAAUCCGCUAGAUUACAAAACCGGUUUUUUUUCCGUUUGAAGAAUGGUUAAAUUACCGCUAUAUUUAUCCGGUUUUAGCCCGAAGGAAACCAAUACAUCUCUUAAUGGGAUACGACACUUUGAAAGGACGCGGUAGUUGUCUUUCUUUGGUUUUGGUUGAUGGGGGAAAAGGCGCAGUUUUGUCGGGCCAGUGAGUCAAGAGUUGGAACGUCGUUGAACCUCUCCGACUACUUUACAUAAAAAAAUUAAAAAAAAUAAAGCUUUACAUGGGCGGGGUUUUUAAUGCGACCAAACGUCGAGUUUUUAGUUUUUAUUUCAGUUUAAAAUGUGCGAAAAGAGUUGUUUUUUGUACUGGACUGACCGUUGUCAAAGGCGGAUAGGUUUGUAUUUUUAGCCCUUUUUAAAUCUUAUUUUUAGCCUGUUUUUUAGACACGUUUCGUUUCGAACACAUACUUAUGAUCAGGAACACGUUACUGCCACGUUUUAAACUUUGUCAGUUUUGUGACUGAAUGACCCAGGUUCAGGAUGUCAUUUUUUAAUUUACUUAAAAUCUUUAAAUUGGGAGCUGAGAAGAAGAAGAAACAGUACGAGCACGUCCGCAGGGAUGAAAAUCCGGAGGAAUUAUGGGAUAUCAUUGGAGAAUUAGGAGAUGGAGCCUUUGGAAAAGUUUACAAGGCUCAGAACAAACAGACGGGCGUUCUAGCUGCAGCCAAAGUUAUUGAGACAAAGACGGAAGAGGAGCUGGAGGACUACAUGGUGGAAAUUGACAUCCUGGCUUCCUGUGACCAUCAUAAUAUCGUCAAACUGCUGGAUGCUUUCUACUAUGAAAGUAGACUUUGGAUCCUCAUUGAGUUCUGUGCAGGAGGGGCUGUGGAUGCCGUCAUGCUUGAACUAGAACGACCCUUGACAGAGCCCCAGAUUAGGGUGGUGUGCAAGCAGGUUCUGCAAGCCCUCCUCUACCUCCACGAAAACAAAAUUAUCCACAGAGACCUGAAGGCCGGCAACAUCCUCCUCACCCUUGAUGGUGACGUGAAGCUCGCCGACUUUGGUGUUUCUGCCAAAAACACCAAAACUCUGCAGAGGAGAGACUCUUUCAUUGGAACGCCUUACUGGAUGGCUCCAGAGGUGGUGAUGUGUGAGACAUCAAAGGACCGUCCAUAUGACUAUAAGGCUGAUAUCUGGUCCCUAGGUGUCACCUUGAUUGAACUUGCACAGGUUGAGCCCCCAAAUCAUGAGAUGAACCCCAUGAGAGUCCUGCUGAAAAUAGCCAAGUCGGAACCACCCACCCUUAUGCAGCCAUCACGCUGGACUCCAGAAUUCAGGGAUUUCUUGAAGCGGUGUUUGGACAAGAACAUUGACAACAGAUGGAGUGCAGCACAGCUCCUCCAGCAUUCAUUUUUGUCGACUGUGACGGACAGCAAACCUUUAAGGGAGCUCAUAGCAGAGGCAAAGGCUGAGGUCACAGAGGAAAUUGAAGAACACAAGGAGGACGAGGAGGAUGAAGAGACAGAAGCUCAUCGGGGCCACAAGCGUGCCCCAUCUGAUGUCAGCAUUGCCAGUUCUGAGGAUGAGAAGAUCCCUCUGUCUCCCACCAGUUUGGAGUCAGUCCCUGAGAAAAUGGAGGCACUUUGUCCAGUGCCAAUGCCUGUUGAACCUCCUGUGGUCAAUCAUUUGGUAGAAACGAGCUUUGUCGAAGAGCCUGCAGUAGCUCAGCAUACAGAAGAGUCUUCAAGCACUGAUGUUGUAGAUGGAGAGAUGGAGCAGAACCCCUUGGAAGAACCAGAGCCUGAACCAAGAAUACCUGCCAAGGAAUUUGAGCAGAUGGAGAUAACGGUUGAUGAUGAGAAGGAUGUGGACACAGCUAAGGUUCCAUCAAAAACGGAGGUCACCAACGAGGCUUCAGAAGUCACUGAGGUUCCUCAAGAAAACAAGGUGGCUGUUUCAGAGUAUUCAGGGUCUCCAGAAGAGCUGGAGGAGGAUCCGUACAAACAUCUAAAAGUGACUUUGACCCUGCCUGGGCAAGAUGGGCGUGUCCCAAAGGAGGAUAAUGGACAGAACACCACAGAAAAGGAUCAAAUAAGUGUGGAAGACAAGAAAAAAGUUCCAGAUAAUGCAAAAGAUGAGAAAGAGAGAGAUUCAGACUCAGGAAGAGGCUCAGUUCCAGAUAACAGCAGUACAGACCUCAAUCUGUCCAUCUCAAGCUUUCUGUCUAAAGCAAAAGAGCCUGGGUCUGUUUCCAUACAGGACACCAAGCGUCAUAAGAAAACACUGAAAAAGACCCGCAAAUUCAUUGUGGAUGGAGUGGAAGUUAGCGUAACUACGUCAAAGAUCAUCACCGACAAUGACACCAAGAAUGAGGAGAUGCGAUUUUUGAGACGGCAGGAGCUGAGGGAGCUGCGUCUCCUGCAAAAGGAAGAGCAUCGAGCCCAACAGCAACUCAGUAACAAGCUGCAGCAGCAAAAAGAGCAGAUCUACCGACGGUUUGAACAGGAGGCAGCGAGUAAAAAACGUCAAGACGAUCAGGAGGUGGAGAACCUGGAGCGGCAGCAGAAGCAGACCAUCGAGCGGCUGGAGCAGGAACACACCACCCGGUUGAGGGAUGAGGCCAAACGCAUCAAAGCUGAGCAGGACAAGGAGCUGUCGAAAUACCAGAACAUGCUCAAAAACCGCAAGAAAGAGGAACAAGAGUUUCUUCAGAAGCAGCAGCAGGAUUUAGACAGCGCUCUGAAGAAAAUCAUCCAGCAACACAAACAUGAGCUUGCCACUGUUGAGAGAGACUGUCUAAACCACAAACAGCAACUUCUCAGAGCUCGGGAAGCGUCCACGUGGCAGCUGGAAGAGCGCCACCUGCAGGAGAAGCAUCAGCUGUUCAAGCAGCAGCUCAAAGACCAGUAUUUCAUGCAGAGACAUCAGCUGCUGAAGAGACACGAGAAGGAGAUGGAGCAGAUGCAGCGCUACAACCAGCGUCUGAUCGAGGAAAUGAAGAACAAGCAGACUCAGGAGAGAGCCAGAAUGCCAAAAAUUCAGCGCGGCGAGGCCAAAACCCGCAUGGCCAUGUUCAAAAAAAGCCUUCGCAUCACCGCAGCGGCCAUUAGCCCUGAACAGGAGAGGGAGAAGGUUAAACAGUUUGCCGUUCAGGAAGAGAAGCGACAGAAGAACGAGCGGCUCCACCAGCAGCAGAAACACGAAAAUCAAAUGAGAGACCUGCAGCUGCAGUGUGACGCCAACAUCCGAGAGCUGCAGCAGUUACAGAAUGAGAAGUGCCAUCUUCUGGUUGAACAUGAAACCCAGAAGCUGAAAGAGCUCGACGAGGAGCACAGCCUGGAGCUGAAGGAGUGGAAGGAGAAACUACGGCCCAGAAAGAAGGCGCUGGAGGAGGAGUUUGCCAGAAAGCUGCAGGAACAAGAAGUGUUCUUUAAAAUGAGCGGCGAGUCGGAGUGCCUGAACCCGUCCACCCAGAGCCGCAUCUCCAAGUUCUACCCGAUCCCCAGCAUCCAGUCCACGGGCUUCUAGUUGAAAUGUGCACACGCCUGCACACCCACACACUUCCAGAUGCAGACAUGAAGCUGUGCUGCUGCCUUUUGCCUUCUUCAUCCACAGAAGAUGAAAAUGUUUGUCUGGACUCCAGAAUUUAGAGACGACCAACAGUUUGAGUCGUGUUCCUUAAUUCAGUAUUUUGUCACUCCAAAACUACUAAAGUAGCAUUUUGUCCAACUCUCUGUCUUUAAGUUGGUGCCUGUAAAAUUUGGCAAUUUUAACUUUUAAAUCUCAGUAAGUAAAAUGAUGAGAGUUAUUUGCUGCUGAUGUUAUUAAAGUCGCAUCAUCUUAAUGUGGUGAACUUUAAUAUCAAAUCUCAGCAUUGAUUGUUGACUAGAAUGUCCAUUCACAUGACGUUUUUAGUGCAGCUCCUGUUGACAAAAAUAAAUGCAUCAGUAUAUUUUUAAUGACAUGUCUGUGUUAGAACAGCUUGUGAUACAUUAGGUGUGAAAAUUCCUGCGACUAAUCCACAAUUUUAGUGCAAAACUGAGUAAUUGUUUGCAGCAGAAAUUAUUCUUUUCUUCAGGGAUUUUCUGACAAAUGCCUUUAUGUGCACAAAAGCACAAAGUUAGAGACUGAGUUUUACAGAAAAAAAAACUUUUUGAUGUUGAGAUGGUUUACAUUAAGAGACAGGAAGGAUAUCACUGUGGACUCAAAAAACAAACCUAUCUUUUUAUUGUUAUCAUGUGUAACAGAAUUGGGCUUUUCUGUGGUGGCCUCUCUCAGCCACCGUACUUUUGCUUUUAAACAUAAUACCAAAAAUGUAUUGAUGUCCAUAAAGUCCAGACAUUCUGAGGCUUUUGUAUCAUUAAUGACCAACAAAAUCUGCAGUUACAGGUUCUUUCAGCUUCCGUGGCAUUAAGAUGUCUAUUUUCUCCUCCUGCCUCGUAAAAUGUUUUGGUACCAGAUGUGUCGUGAUGAGGCCUCCGUGGCUUUUGGUUUUUCUUUUUAUGAAAAUGUUCUUGCUGUCUUAUUGUCUUACUAGUUCAUAGCCUUAAUUCUUCACAGUGUGAUAAACUGUAUUCCUGUUUCCAACUUGUCAGUCAGUGUGGGUGUUUUUUUGUUUGUUUGUUUUGUUUUGUUUUUACUUUCCACAGGCUGCUUUAUGAUGUAAAAUGCAGAUGUAUUUAAAGAAGGAAAAAAAAAAAGACCCGACUGGUUUGGGCCAUCUUCACCUGUGAUUGGUUCAUCUCAUCAUCUUUUUUCUUUGUGAUUGGCUGCUUGAAGUGGCAUAUUUCUAAUUAGUGUGGUUAAUUUUUUUUUUUUUUUUUUCAGGCCCACGUGCUGUGCACCUUCAACAAACAGGCAAGGAACUCGUUAAUUAUAUCAAUACUUAAUUAUGUUAGGAAACAUUUGAGAUUUUGUAAAUUGACUAAAUUGUUAAUGCUAACUGAAAAAAAGUUCAUUCGUCAUAUCAAAGUCUUUAUGGAGCUGAAAAGAUAAGCGUAUAGUUUGUAGAAUUCCUUUGUAAUGUAGAUUUAGUUUGCUGUAAAUAAAUCAUUUUCUUUGG